GUCCAAUUGUUGACCAAAUGUUGUCCCGAAUAAUGAACGGCACCCGAGAGAGGCCCACAUCACUCACCGACCGGUCCAACGCUAAGUUGGCCGCACUUUACGAACUGGUCUGCGGUCAGCACUUGGAUGUGGCCGACUAUGUCCUGCAGUCUCAACACGUGAUCGAUUUGUUGGACAUUUUGUGCCAUCGGAUUAAUCUAUUGGACACGACUCUCAUGAGUAGCAGUGGUGGCGGAACCGCUACCCAGACAUGCGAUAUAGUGGUCGGAGCCCUGUGUCGACUCCUGUCCACCAUUUUUGACACACUUCACGGCCACUACUCGACGCUCACCGACAGUACCGACGAUAGUCUGGCCUUCAAUCACAUCAUUCAAGACGUGAUCAGACAAAUCGGGUGUCGAGACAACUGUGCGCUUAAGACUCCCGGCAUUGUUAGCAAAGGAGCCGCUCUUUGGCGGUGA